AUGACUCACAAAGACGGAAAUGAGUCAGACAAUGAUGAGGUCCAGAACCAGAUGAUGUCACAAGAAACAAUGUCAAUCGAAGAGAUAAGGUUACUAAGACAGCAAAUGACGGAGAUGUACAAAGCUUGGAUGAUUGGACAAGCUCCACCGCCUUCAAUCCGUGACUAUCUAAAUACAAAUAUGUCACCCCAUGUCCAAGUAUCAAUGAGUGAUCCAAUCUAUCCACCUGGAUUCGGUCCCUAUGUUAACGCAUCCAAUGUAGCUGGAACUUCUACGGUGCGCCCUUUAAGUAUGCCUAUGACAAGUAAUCCACUAUUCAUUCCAACUGCGCCAACAAAUAUCGUUCAACAACAUAUAAUGGAGCCAAAAUUCAACAACGAUCCUCCACCCAAAGUUCAAUAUGAUCGAGAUUAUACUCCUGAAUUGAUUUUUAAAAUCCCAAGCUCUUACCCUCACACUCAUCAGUAUAGUUCCCAUGUUGAGGCUGAAAAAGCUGUUAAGAACGAUGAACAUGAAGAAUUUGCUAAAAAAAUAAAGAGUUUGGAACAAAGUGUAAGAGAUAUGCAAGGAUUGGGAGGUCACAAAAGUGUUUCAUUCAAUGAUUUGUGCAUGUUUCCCCACGUUCAUCUACCCAUCGAUUUUAAAAUUCCAAAGUUCGAAAAAUAUGAUGGACACGGAGAUCCUGUAGCUCAUUUAAAGAGAUAUUGUAAUCAAUUGAGAGGGGCUGGAAGCAAAGAAGAAUUGCUCAUGACUUAUUUUGGGGAAAGUUUGAUGGGAAUUGCCUCAGAAUGGUUCAUAGACCAAGAUACUUCUAACUGUCAUACAUGGGAUGAUUUGGCUCGAUGUUUUGUUCAACAAUUUCAAUAUAACAUUGACAUAGUUCCAGAUCGCAUUUCACUUGUCAACAUGAGGAAGAAGACCACUGAAAAUUUUCGUGAAUAUUCUAUUAGGUGGAGGGAGCAAGCUGCUAGGGUUAAGCCGCCAAUGAAAGAGUCUGAAAUUAUCGAUGUUUUCCUUCAAGCGCAAGAACCAUAUUACUUUCAUUAUUUACUUUCCGUUGUUGGAAAAACAUUUGCUGAAGUUAUUAAGAUUGGUGAAAUGGUGAAAAAUGGUAUCAAGUCUGGAAAAAUUGUAAGUCAAGCUGCCUUGAAAGCUACAACACAGGUGAUUAAAAAUGGAUCAGGAAAUUUUGGGGGAAAGAAAAUGAAGGAGGAUAUAGCAAAUGUUGUGUCAGGCACACAAAAAGGUCCAAGGGGUCCACUUUAUCAAUCUGCACCACCUCAAUACCAUCAUUAUCUCCCUAUGCAAGACACACAAUAUUCUGGAUUUGGAGGAGGUCAAAGGCCUAGAAACAAUUUCACACCAAUUGGAGAGUCUUACACAAGUUUAUUUAACAAGUUGAAACAUUUGAAAAUAAUAGAGCCGAUUCCUCAAAAUUAUGUGGAUCCACAUGCAAAGGGUUUCAAUCCUACAGCACGAUGUGCAUACCAUUCUGAUGCUCCAGGGCACAGUAUUGAAGAUUGUCGUAAUUUUAAAAAAAAGGUGGAAGAGAUGAUUCAAACAAAGAUGAUUGUGGUUCAAAAUGAUGACCCCCCAAAUUUUACUAAGAAUCUUCUACCGGCGCAUAGUGAUGUACACUUUAUCGAGAUGAUAUGUGAUGACAAAGAAUAUGACAAUUCUGAAGAAAUGGCAAUUGAAAUUGGUAGAGCUUUUACGAAGGCUAACGUGCAAAGCAGUGGCUAA